AACGUGUCACAUUUCACAGACUCCCAGGAGCUGGAAGCCAACGUCUACUCCUCCCUCAAAACUUUCCUCUCUCCCUUCGCUGACACCGCCAAGUCCAAGACCUCAAACCAGACAAGGCCAGGCCGGGCCAGACCAGACCAGACCACAACCGCUCUCUGUGCUCCGCCAACCUCUUCAACUCCAAACCUGUGAUUUUCCAUAAAUACCUUAUCCCUUCACCUUCAAAUUAUAAUAACAACCAAAUGUCCACAUCUCUGUCUUCUUCGUUACCCAACCUCGUCUUCUCCUCCUUCCCGGACCGAACAAGAACCUCAAACCUUCUUCUUCCCCGAACUCAAUUCAGUUCCUUCUAUACCCACAAAACGUUUCUUCGUGGGUCGGUCUGCGUCGCUCGUUUUGGGUUCAAACCCGGUCUUUUUCCGGACCCAGAUGGUGCCGCUGAAGGAAUGGUUAAGGAUUUGUUUAGCAGAGCUGAGAGUGUUCUUUAUACGAUUGCUGAUGCUGCUGUCUCGAAUGCGGAUACUGUUACCACUACAACCAAACAGAACAAUGAUUGGCUCUCUGGUAUCACCAAUUACAUGGAAAGUGUUUUAAAGGUUUUAAAAGAUGGGUUAUCUACUUUGCAUGUUCCUUAUGCUUAUGGGUUCGCUAUUAUACUCCUAACCGUUCUUGUUAAGGCUGCCACGUUUCCUUUGACUAAGAAGCAGGUAGAAUCUGCAAUGGCUAUGCGAUCCUUGCAGCCUCAGAUAAAGGCUAUUCAGAAACGGUAUACUGGAGAUCAGGAGAGAAUUCAACUUGAAACAGCCAGAUUGUAUAAACUAGCAGGCAUAAACCCGUUUGCAGGAUGCCUACCUACUCUCGCAACAAUACCAGUUUGGAUAGGACUGUAUAGAGCCCUUUCAAAUGUAGCAGAUGAGGGACUUCUUACUGAAGGCUUCUUUUGGAUACCCUCCCUUUCUGGUCCUACUACAAUUGCUGCUCGUCAAAAUGGCAGUGGCAUCUCUUGGCUGUUCCCUUUUGUUGAUGGACAUCCACCUCUUGGGUGGUCUGAUACCUUGGCAUAUCUUGUCUUGCCUGUAUUGCUGGUUGUCUCACAAUACAUCUCUGUUCAAAUCAUGCAAUCCUCACAGAGUAAUGAUCCAAACAUGAAGAGUUCUCAAGCGAUAACUAAGCUCCUGCCAUUAAUGAUUGGUUAUUUUUCUCUUUCAGUUCCUUCUGGUCUAAGCCUUUAUUGGUUCACAAAUAACAUAUUGAGCACAGCACAACAGGUGUGGCUUCAGAAGUUAGGGGGUGCAAAGAAUCCUGUGAGCCAAGAAGACCAACUUCGGAUUCAGAAAUCAGUCUCUGAAUUAAAUACCACAAAAACUAAGGCUGAACAAGUUGAAAUUUUGACACCAGAAGGUUUUACAAAAUCUAAGGCUGGACAAGUUGAAACGUUAACACCAGAAAGACUACGUCCUGGUGAAAGAUUUAAACAGCUAAAGGAGCAAGAGGCCAAAAGAAGACAACAAAGAGAAGAAGAGAAGAGGAAAGCUGAACAGGCUGCUGCAAAAAUAAAUCCAAUAGCAAAUGGUAGUCCUGAAAAUGCAUCUGAGAGAGAAAAUGGGGUGAGUUUGGCUGAUGCUGGUGUACUUAAGAAGUCUGCGGACAGCAUUAACAGUUCCUCUGCUGUUGGACUUGUAAAUAGUGAUUUAACUGGGCAGAACCUUAACAAAUAUGAGAAGACAACUUCCACGUUUGAUAUGGAGAAAGGUGAAAUUUCCAAUUCUAAUGCCUCUGGAAGUGUUGAACAUCAGGCCUAUGAAAAUAAACAAAAGGAAGUAGUUGAAGUACAUGGUAGCACGACGACAGACAACGAACUUUCUGAAGAAGACGUGCAUCAAGUCGCAAGAGACUGAUGGAAGAGAUGGAUGCCAUUUUAUUGGUACUCCAAAUUGAGUGAGACUAACAGGCAUGAUUGUUUACCUGUUAUGUUGAAUGGGGAGAGCAAGUUUUUUUUAUCGUUCUUGCUAAAAGGAGCAUGAGCAAGCAGCCUUCACUUGCAUUUCUGAUACUAAGAAGGUUUAUUUUGUGAUUGGUAAGUUUUCUGAGGCGUAUUUGGCAUACAGUAUUGAUACUGGGGUGGAAUGGAGAGAUGAGUAGAAAUUUUGGUGCAUCCCAUGUGGUCGUAGCAGGUGUCAUGUUUAAGUGGUCUUUAGAUUUCAGAAACAAAAUUCACUGUAGAAGCAGAAAAAUAGGAGUUUUGCAUUUUUUUUUAUAUAUAUCUUUUAGCAGAAGAGUAGAAAUAAUGAAUUACGUGGAGAAAUGCGACAGAUUAUUUGUUGCACUUAUUUCUUUACAGGCAUACCAUACUGACGCUGUCGCAUUAUCGGAGACAGUCCACUUUGGUGCAUCAGUGCAUGUCAUAUAUGAAGAAAUAAGACCUUUUUCUGUGUGUUA